AUGGAAGAGGAGGCUCUGGACCAGGGUGGUAACCUCCAACCGCGCAGGGGCAAUUACCCUCCACCCAACAGUGCCACGCCCAAGCGGGGCUCGCCCCCUAGGCACAGCACUCCACGGGAGGCAGGGGUUUUCACACCCCAAGUGGUUGGUGGUACAACUACCACACGGACGACGUUAGGGCCGGGCGGGAGUGCGAUGCAUAGCAACGCACGAGCUUCAGGUCAGCGGGCCAGCACCACUAGACCGAGAGCUGCGUCGAAGGGCUUAACUCUGCCGAGACCGGGGGAGCCAGGUGGCAUGGACGAUCCGCUGAGGCAAGGACUUAGCGGAGCCGGCAACAGAUGGUACCUAAGGUAUCUCGAGCGGGGCCUAAAGCCGGAGGAGGCCCGACGCAAAGCCGGAGAGCACAAAUGUAAAAAUGUGCAACCAGUGGCCAAGGCGGGGGGGGAGGAAACGGGUGGGCGCAAGCGUCAGCUGCACCAAACGUCGCCACAAGAAAACCCCAAGGCAGUCCCCAAAAAGCCCAAGGGUAGGGGCGAGAGUCAUGCAGAGGUCGGGCAAGCACCGUCCCAGAGCAUGAAGAGACCGCGGGUGUCUUACGCCAGUGCCACCAAAUCAGUAAAGGUGGGCAUCACGGCCACUGACUACCCAAGUAGACUGCUGGCCAAGGAAGAAUUGACCAGCGUAGAGACGAUGUUGAUCAGGGAGUUGAGGAAAGGGUGGAGUACCAGCCUCAAUUUCAACAACAUCAGAUUCAGGCCUGGUCUGAUAAUAGUUGAAUGCCGGGACGACAAUACCAGGGACUGGCUGCUUCAGGAACUAGAGGUAGUCUCAGCUCACUUACCGCGGUCAUCAGGCGAAGAGGAGCAAACGUCCGUGGACCUGUUGAAGAGGCAGAACUCUGACCUUCUCCCGGACACCUGGACGGUGCUCAAAUGCACCGACACAAGUGGGGGAAAGCUGGUGACCCUGGGUGUAGAGCAGCCUGCUCUACUGUUGCUCCAGCAAAACGGUAUGCUCUUGAGCUACCGUUUUGGCCAGCUCCCAUGUCGGCUGCACAAGAAAAAGGGCGCAGCAGCGACAGCGACACCCACAGCCGGGCCUAGCACCGAAGUGGCUGUCCCCGAUGCAGUCAACACGGCCGAGAGGGAGGCAUUAGCUGAACUCGAGGCUGAGGUUGACAGCGCAUCACUGGGAGGCCUAGACCUGGAAGGGCUACAGGUGGGAGAGUCGGAGGACGGCAAAUCCGAAGACGAGCAGACGCUCGUCCCAGACAGCCUGGACGACAGUCUAGAGCUGUCGGAGGAGGAGCCAGUCCUUUAA